UUUUUGGCGGAUUUGUACCCAAACUGAAAAAGAAACUGGCGUACAAGGCAUGCUCAAACCCCCUCAUGUUCAGCUCCCUGUACGGUGUAACACUGAUCUGGUUAUUGCAGUACCACCACGAGAGGGGGAAAUUAAAAUGUUAUAUUGAUUGGCAGUGAUAAUUGACUAAUGCCAUUUAACUAUAGAAUUUGAUGGUCUUGUUACAGCUUACCCACUUCAUUACUUGCAAGGUAUUUUUACAUGAUGGCCAAUUUCCAGACAGCAAAAGGAAUAAAUUUAACACAAGUAACUAUCCGUGCAUACUAGCCUAGUUACAUGUAGUCUAUUUAAUUGAUUUAUCAUACAUGUAGCAUUCCUCCCUCAUGUUUGUUGAUUACAUUCAUCAAAUAGUUUGAGAGGACUUCAAUUUUUCUGUCUACUUCCUCCACAAAAUAUCAAUUGUGUCACAGUCAAACAACAUGUAUUGGCAAGAAAAGAUUGCCAAGGCUAAUAAAAUGCAAACAGCAAGUUAACACCGGAUGCACAGGCAUGACCUGAUGACAGAUGUUUCUGCUACAGCAGUUCAACCGACUUGUCUCUCGGCAGGCACUAGGGACAGCGUUAAGCAUUACCGACAAUUGUUCAGCUAAGUUUAGCACAACCAACCCUGCCAUGAGCAUCAUCCUCCUGUCUAGGCUACGCGUCGUUGACAACUCCGCCCUGGGGGCGGCCGCUGCCCACAAGCCGCCCCGCUGCAUCAUGGUCUACAACAAGCAGCGCAUCGGCAAAGUCGGGGACAAGAUCCUGGUGGCCAUCCGAGGCCAGAAGAAGAAGGCCCUGAUCGUGGGCACCAAGCAAACGGGUCCCAGGAUGACCCCGCGCUUUGACACCAACAACAUCAUCCUGUUGGAGGACAACGGGAACCCCACUGGCACCAGGAUCAAGGUGCCCAUUCCGUCCAAUCUCAGGAGUCGCAAAGACCUGUCCAAAGUGUUUGCCAUCGCAACAACUUUUGUAUGACCCCAGCCGCAUCUCUUAAUCGCCUUUGGACAAUAACUGUGCAGGAACUGACUUACGUUGGAGUGAGGAGUUUAUUUGCAUACCGUUGAGAGAUGAAAUGUCCAUCAAGACAAUCUUGCUUUCGUUUGAGAGGUUUAACUAAUACCCCACUAUGACGUUGCUCUGUUCAUAGCAUUUAAUAGUGGUCUGCAGUAGAGGAAACCAGGUACCUUAUUUAAGUAAAUCACAGGGACCUACAUGUAGUUAACCUAAAAGAAAUCCCAUCCCAAACUUCAGCGAAAAAAAAGGAUAUUGUUCAAAUGCUGUGCCAGUUCUGUCUUACUCAAAACUUUCAUCACAACAUUUGGACAUACAUGUACAUGCAGUGUUUCAUCGCCCAUGAUGCCUCAUCAGAUUUUUAUUUUAAAAUUUCCCGUUUUUAAAAUUGAGUAGGAGGACCCAGGCCUAUGUUUAUCAACCAGUUCCUGACUUCAGCAGUUGGGUAGUGGGGCUCCCAGUUCUGUUGUUCAGCCUAACUUCUUCUCAACCACUUCACACUGCAAUGGUUUUCUGCAGCAGGAAAGCAGGCAACUUUUUCAUACAGUCUUGCAAUUUCUGCUCAUCUUAGUGGGUGACGAGCAUGCAGACCCUCACCCUUGAGUGGUUUCCGUUUAUGUUGUACUCAAACAGAAAAUCCGACUUGUCUCUGGAGGGUGACUGUGUGUUACAUGUAUACACUGAUGUGGCUGUUUACUAGAUGUGGUCGUCGUCUUAGCACAUUGGUCUACACCCAUGCCUUGGAGGCUAGAAAAGAUGAACUUUCACAGACUGUCCGUGAAUAUAGGAAUGUGGGAAACUAUAUUCCCUGCCAUGAAUCAUUUGUGCAUAGAAAUAAGGACAUGUGAACGUUACAAGUUACUCCGUUUCAUAUACUUGAGUACAUGAUGUACCCUGGCAUAAAAUCUGAGACCAUCAGCGUCAGUAAUGCAUAUAUUUGUACACACAUAAGCAAACUCUUUGUGUAGAUCUGCACAUCACAAUAUCUUUCAAAGAUGACUAGAAAUGGGUAGAUAAAUGUAGGCUUCCAUGUAAACAACUUGAGCAUGGCAUCAUUCCAUAAUAAACUACUGGUAGCUCUGGGCAUGGUUCUACUUUAAGCCAAAAGUCUGAAAUUUUAAAAUGGCACAAUACCAUAACUGAGUAUGACACCAAGAUUACUGACUCAUAAUCGUUUGUUUGACAUUUGUUCACCCAUUCUUUUUAUCUGUUGGCUUUUAUACCCAGUGGUGCUACAGCUAUAUGGCCUGAUCAGUUUCAGAGAAAUUAGUAUCGUAGUGUGAUGUGAAUGGAAUGCCUAAUGUCUGGUUAAUCAUCUCCCGCUGCCGCUCAUUGUGAGAAAUGGGAGAGUUGAGACGUUUAAAAAAAGUCAGUUUUCAGAAUAAUUCACAUUUCUUUCAAAUACACCCUGUAGAAAUUUUAAACGAAUUUCUAAGAUUCUUGGCAUUUAUUGAAAACCACAGAACUGAAGGUACCCACCCGUUUUUUAUUUUUUUCCACAUCAGUAAGCUUCAUGAGACAUAAAGUGCAUUCGCGAAGAAAUGAAGUCCAUCCCUCGUUGCUUUAGCACGUGUGUACUUUUUCUUCAGUGAUACACUUACGAGGGAGGUCAUAUACGCUCAGGUUUAUAUAUUGGCAGUACAAAGCAAUUUCCACCGGUCUAACCAGUGCUGAAAUCACACACUGAGAAACUAAAAGUUAACCACAGGGAAGGUGAAAAAUCCAACUUUGUAGUUUAGGGGUGAACAGAUGCGGUGAAAUGAAAUAUUUCAGGGGUUAUUGAAAGAUGAUUGUUACCCUAACAGUCUAAAAUCCUUUGAUUUCAAUAUGAUUUUACUUGCACCCUUGGGGGUUAGGUUUAAUAGUCUUGCUUGACGAGUAUUGGUCUAUAAGACAAGUGAGGAAAACCUGAAGGGCGGAUUUAGCUAUCAGAGCUUUUCUGUUGAUAAGAUCAAACAUUUUGAUGCAUGCUCGUUGCGUUGAAAAACUUGUGGAAUACCAGUACAUAUACAUGUCAGGUUGCAAGAUCCUGUUAUUAUUUAAGCCUACUAAGUGACUAAUAAAAAUAAAUGCAAGAUUUACUGA